AGGUGUUCCAUGGGUGGGAUCCCAACUCUGUGUGAUCCCAGGUGUUCCAUGGGUGGGAUCCUGGCUCCGUGGGAUCCCAGGUGUUCCAUGGGUGGGAUCCCGGCUCUGUGUGAUCCCAGGUGUUCCAUGGGUGGGAUCCUGGCUCUGUGUGAUCCCAGGUGUUCCAUGAGUGGGAUCCCAGCUCUGUGUGAUCCCAGGUGUUCCAUGGGUGGGAUCCCGGCUCCGUGUGAUCCCAGGUGUUCCAUGGGUGGGAUCCUGGCUCUGUGUGAUCCCAGGUGUUCCAUGGGUGGGAUCCCAACUCUGUGUGAUCCCAGGUGUUCCAUGGGUGGGAUCCCGGCUCCGUGUGAUCCCAGGUGUUCCAUGGGUGGGAUCCCAACUCUGUGUGAUCCCAGGUGUUCCAUGAGUGGGAUCCCAGCUCUGUGUGAUCCCAGGUGUUCCAUGGGUGGGAUCCUGGCUCUGUGUGAUCCCAGGUGUUCCAUGGGUGGGAUCCUGGCUCUGUGUGAUCCCAGGUGUUCCAUGGGUGGGAUCCUGGCUCUGUGUGAUCCCAGGUGUUCCAUGGGUGGGAUCCCAACUCUGUGUGAUCCCAGGUGUUCCAUGGGUGGGAUCCUGGCUCCGUGUGAUCCCAGGUGUUCCAUGAGUGGGAUCCCAGCUCUGUGUGAUUCCAGGUGUUCCAUGGGUGGGAUCCCAACUCUGUGUGAUCCCAGGUGUUCCAUGAGUGGGAUCCCAACUCUGUGUGAUCCCAGGUGUUCCAUGGGUGGGAUCCCAACUCUGUGUGAUCCCAGGUGUUCCAUGGGUGGGAUCCUGGCUCCGUGUGAUCCCAGGUGUUCCAUGGGUGGGAUCCUGGCUCUGUGUGAUCCCAGGUGUUCCAUGGGUGGGAGCCCAGCUCUGUGUGAUCCCAGGUGUUCCAUGGGUGGGAUCCCAACUCUGUGUGAUCCCAGGUGUUCCAUGGGUGGGAUCCCAACUCUGUGUGAUCCCAGGUGUUCCAUGGGUGGGAUCCUGGCUCCGUGUGAUCCCAGGUGUUCCAUGAGUGGGAUCCCGGCUCUGUGUGAUCCCAGGUGUUCCAUGGGUGGGAUCCCAGCUCUGUGUGAUCCCAGGUGUUCCAUGGGUGGGAUCCUGGCUCUGUGUGAUCCCAGGUGUUCCAUGGGUGGGAUCCCAACUCUGUGUGAUCCCAGGUGUUCCAUGGGUGGGAUCCUGGCUCCGUGUGAUCCCAGGUGUUCCAUGGGUGGGAUCCCAACUCUGUGUGAUCCCAGGUGUUCCAUGGGUGGGAUCCUGGCUCUGUGUGAUCCCCGGUGUUCCAUGGGUGGGAUCCCGGCUCUGUGUGAUCCCCGGUGUUCCAUGAGUGGGAUCCUGGCUCCGGGGGAUCCCGGCUCUGUGCUGCAGAGCUGGUGCAUGUUGCCCCUUUGGCUGUGGUAGCUGUGUGCUAUGCUUGGUUAUCGGGCAGAGAGAGUAGUAAUAACAACAAUAAUAAUAAUAACAACAACAAACCUAUUAAUAAAAAUAUUUCUAGUAGUAAUAAAAAAUUAAUAAUCCUGAUGUGCUGAAGACAUUUAAAAUGGUGCUGCCUGAUCCUCUGUGGAGAAGUGGCAGUGCGGAGCUGUCCCAGCUGCACUGGAUCCAUGCCCUGCCCCUGUGCUCCUUCUGCCUCCUUGAGAAGUGCAGAGCUUGGGACUAGCAACAGGCAUGUCUCUGUGAUCAGGAUGCACCUUGGGAAGGUGGGAUUUUCCUGGGAUCAGAGCAGAGAAGGCAGCACUCAAUGGCUGAGAAUGUGACUC